AUGAACAACCUCUCACACUUGGUCAGCAGGUCGUGGAUCGGAAUCGCCAAGUCAAACGCGGGCAGAGUGAGAGGGACCACACUUACGCAGACAGCGACCUUCAAGCGGUAUUCGCUUGUGCCGGUAGUGGCCGUGUCUGGAGCUGCAACUCUCUGGUUGUUCUCCUCUCAAACGACUGUCCACGCUGAAGCUCCUCACUAUACUAGCAUCAAACACUAUGCCCGCGACCACGCUCACUCUCACACGCACGGCUACGACAAGCGACUUGUCCUACAUACGGCGCCAGUGACUCCCUCUAAGCCCGUCGCACACGAGAAUAGGGCCUAUAUGGCCGAUAUCGAUACGAAGCUAGAACAUGAAUCUUUGGAUCUGGCACGACAUCCCGUGGAAGAAGCCGUACUGACGAGUGCACCAAACGUCCCUCCAUCUAUCACCCGCGAUUAUCCCGUGGUUCUAAAGGUGGAUCUAACAAGAACCAUAAAGAAGACACAAUUGACAGGUGACAUUAUAGAAGUGACAUUCACUAAUAAGGACGAGAGUAGAAUGCCGCAUAACAUCGACUGCUACGCUAUUCUGGGCCCAGGGGGCGGUUCGGCGGUGACGACGACCGAGGAAAAUCAAACUAAGACGGCAAGAUUCAAGCUACUGUGUCCCGGACUCUUUGUCUAUCAUUGCGCAGCGGCCCCGGUGUCAGUCUACAUCGCCAAUGGGAUGUUCGGGCUGAUGAAGUCGAACCAGGUGGAAUUUUCCUAUCCCAAUGCACUGCGCGAAGAGCCCGAGGCCGUCGUUUUCAACGGGAGGGAGUUAGCCUUGACCCGAGAUAAGCCUUUGAAAGCAAAUGUCAACGAUACCGUACGCAUCUUUUUCGGCAAUGCAGGACCGAAUCUGACGAGUGCUUUCCAUGUGAUUGGGGGCAAUUUCAGACGUGCGUAUCGUGAUGGCGAUGUUGUCAGCCCGCCGGCGCAAUUUGUCUCGACCUUAAGUGUUCCACCGGGCGGAGCAACCAUCGUCGACAUGCACAUGCUUGUGCCCGGGACGAUGACCUUGGUCGAUCAUGCCAUUUUCCGUUUGGACAAGGGAGGAGUCGGUUACUUGAAUGUGGCCGGGAAGCCCAGGCCUGACAUCUAUCAGAGCGUGCAACCUCCUGCGCCGUGUGUUGGAUGCAAGUUACAUCCCUGA